CAAAGUAUGGAGUUGAAGUUAUGUAAGAAGAGCUCCGAAGCUGAUGAACUUGAUACUAACGAGAUGGUGGUUUUGGCCGCUAGUUUAGAUGAUGAUUGCCAAGAGAUUGAGACUGGAGAUCUAAUUUGGGCUAAACUUACUGGACAUGCUGUAUGGCCGGCAAUUGUUUUAGAUGAAUCUCAUGUGGGUAAACACAAGGGAUUAAGCAAAAUUUCCGGAGAAAAGUCUGUCGUUGUUCAAUUCUUUGGCACCUAUGAUUUUGCUAGGGUUGCCCGGAAACAAGUUAUCUCUUUCCUCAAGGGCCUUCUUUCGUCCUGUCAUUCAAAGUGCAAGAAACCCGACUUUUGUUCGAGGAUUGGAGGAGGCAAAAGUAUAUCUUAGUGAACAGAGGCUACCAGAGAGAAUGCAGCAGCUGCGAGAUGGUGUUGACAGUGAUGCAAAUGAUAAUAGAAGUGGGGAGAAUGAAGAUGGUGCUGACUCAGAUGGUGAGUCCAUGAGUCAUGAUGAGAUACUUAAGAAACUUGAUGAUCUCAAAAGCUGCCCAUUGGAAGAUGGAGAGUUGCAAAUAGUAAGCCUUGGAAAGAUUGUCAGAGACUCCAGUAAUUUCCAAAAUGAGAAAUUCAUAUGGCCUGAGGGAUACACUGCUGUGAGGAUGUUUACAUCUUUGACAGAUCCAACUGUGCAUACUAUGUAUAAGAUGGAAGUACUGAGAGAUGUUGACUCACGGACCAGGCCUCUAUUUAAAGUUACAGGAGAUAAUGGAGAAGAGUUCAAUGGACCAACUCCAUCAGCUUGCUGGAAUAAAAUUUACAAAAAGAUCAGGAUUGUGCAAAUCAGAAAUAAAGACUAUAAAGCUGAUCAGAAUUUUUCCUCUGGUUCUUGUAUGUUUGGUUUUUCCCACCCAAAAGUUUCCAGACUCAUAAAGGAGAUGUCCAAUUCCCGAUCAGCUGCGAAAUCUUACCAGUUGUCCAAGAAAAUGAAAAACUCAUCUACUGGUUACAGACCUGUUACAGUUACAUGGAUGGACCUUGACAAGUGCAAUGUCUGCCAUAUGGAUGAGGAGUACGAGAACAACUUAUUUCUUCAGUGUGACAAAUGCAGGAUGAUGGUGCAUGCUAGAUGUUAUGGAGAACUAGAGCCCACUGGUGGAGUGCUUUGGUUAUGUAACUUAUGCCGUCCAGGAGCUCCUGAAUUACCUCUAUGCUGCCUUUGUCCUGUAGUAGGGGGUGCUAUGAAACCCACCACUGAUGGCCGUUGGGCUCAUCUGGCUUGUGCCAUAUGGAUUCCAGAAACAUGUUUGUCAGACGUUAAAAAAAUGGAACCCAUUGAUGGGCUUUGUCGAAUCAAUAAGGACCGGUGGAAGCUAUUGUGUAGCAUCUGUCAUGUUUCUCAUGGAGCGUGCAUCCAGUGCUCCAACCAUAAUUGUCGUGUGGCAUACCAUCCCCUCUGUGCACGUGCCGCCGGCUUUUGCCUUGAGCCUGAGGACAUGGAUAGAGUGCAUGCUGCUCCUCUCGAUGAGGAUGAGGAGUAUCAGUCCAUUCAGUUUAUUUCUUUCUGUACGAGACACAGGCCCAAGUCUAAUGAACAACCUUCUGACAAACGAAUUGUUCGAAAAGCCAGUGAAGAUGAACAUGCUGAAUAUGUUCCACCUAUAAACCCUAGCGGUUGCUCUCGUACUGAAAUUUAUGAUUACACGAAGAAGCGGGCAAACAAUGGACAAGAUGGUCCUUCAUCAAAGCGCUUGUAUGUGGAGAAUGUGCCACAUAUACCAGGUGGGUUCAGCCGUCAUAUGUCCUUGUGGAACAAAAUGUGCUCCAAUGAACCUGGUACUUCCAAGCACUCUGUAGACCUUCUGAAGUUAAGAAGCUUGCAACUUCAGCCGUCUGGCGAGAUUCUUUCGGUUGCUGACAAGUACAACUACAUGAGGCAGACCUAUAGGAGGAGACUGGCAUAUGGGAAGUCUCGUAUACAUGGUUUUGGUGUCUUCACUAAACUUCCAUAUAGAGCUGGAGACAUGGUGAUUGAGUAUACUGGGGAACUUAUUCGGGCUUCAGUAGCCGACAGAAGAGAACAUUUGUCGUACAAUAAAUUAGUGGGGGCGGGAACUUAUAUGUUCCGGAUUGAUGAUAACCGUGUUAUAGAUGCUACCAAGGCGGGAAGCAUAGCACAUUUAAUUAAUCAUUCAUGCGAACCCAACUGUUAUUCAAGAGUUAUUAGUGUGAAUGACCAUGACCACAUAAUAAUAUUCGCAAAGCGAGAUAUUAAUUGUGGCGAAGAACUAGCAUAUGAUUACAGAUUUUUUUCAAUUGGUGAACGAUUAGCUUGUCAUUGUGGAUCGUCUAGAUGCCGGGGUAUAGUGAAUGAUGUUGAGUCCGAAGAAAGAGUAAAAAAGCUAUAUGUACCGCGCAGCGAAUUGACAGAUUGGAAAGGAGAAUAAAAGAGUAGCUCGCUCGGUUUUGGUGCACCAUGGAAUCGGAGAAGAGUAGGAAGAUGUUACCGUGGUGGCCAUCGAAAUGUUGUACCUUAUUAUUGCCCACAACUACAGUAUAUUGCUACACAGGACCAAUAAUGAUUCUCAAUUCUUAUUUAAUUCUCACGUCUGUAAAAAGAAAAGCACUGUAUAUUGCUAUCAGUUGGCAGCAAUGCACAAUGCUUGUAAUUUUUUCUUCUUUUAUUGAAAAGAAACCACAGUUUAGGUAGUA